AUGGCUCCUCGCACUGGUCGACACCCGAGUGGUCUGCUGCGGUUCCAAGGCUGCGCGCAUUUCCGGCAGCGUCUCGUCUGCGCGGCACUGAGUGGAAGGCCUUUGAUCAUUGAGGACAUCCGAUCCGAAGACGAGAACCCUGGUCUCGCACCUUUCGAGGCGAGUUUACUGCGACUCUUGGACCGCUUGACAAGCGGUAGUCACUUGGAGAUCAAUGAAACCGGUACCAAGCUCAAGUUCCAGCCGGGGAUCGUCCUGGGUGGCCGCGUUGUUCACGAUUGUGGUACCGGACGUGCUAUUGGCUGGUUCUUGGAAGUACUGGCAGCACUGGCUCCAUUUGCUAAGCUGCCGCUGCACGUGACGCUCGAUGGCAUCACGAAUGACCACGUGGACACUUCCAUCGACACUUUCAAGGCAACAACGUUGCCACUACUGAGGCACUUUGGCUUGGAUGAAGGCCUGGACCUUGUUGUCAAGAAGCGCGGCGCUCCGCCGCUUGGUGGAGGACAGGUCAUCUUUCGGUGUCCACAGGUGCGAGAGCUGCGUGCUGUGCAUCUCGUAGACGAAGGGUUUAUCAAACGCGUUCGUGGCGUUGCUUACAGCACGCGCGUAUCACCACAGACGUCGAAUCGUAUCGUGGAGACCAGUCGCGGCCUAUUUAAUAAGCUGCUGCCGGACGUUUACAUUUACUCAGACCAUUACAAGGGUGCGGAGUCAGGACAGUCACCAGGCUUUGCCCUCAGUCUCGUAGCAGAGACGACCACUGGCAUCUUUCUGGGUGCAGAGUCGGCGGCUGAACCUGGUGACUUGCCGGAAGAUGUGGCAACCCGAGCCUCGCAUGCUCUUUGCGAAGAGAUCAGUAGAGGCGGAUGCGUGGAUUCAUCGAACCAGGCACUGGUGCUCAUGCUGAUGACAUUGGGUCCGGAAGAUGUGGCUAAGGUGCGUUUCGGCAAGUUGACGCCACACAGUAUCGCGUGUCUCCGUCAUCUGCGCGAGUUCUUCGGCAUUACGUUCAAGAUUAAGCCCGACCCGGAGACUAAGACGGUGCUGCUGUCAUGUCUGGGUGUCGGGUUCAAGAACCUGGCCAAGAAAGUCACGUAG